UUAGACGAGACGAGUGCACGGGUUUUCUGAUUGAAGUGCUGCCAAAAGUCACGGAAAUGGCUAUGUCGUAUGAGGAACAAAUCUUGAAGGAGAAGAAGCAGCUUCACAUGUCAGUGUUUGCACAGUGUAUAUCACCAGAUGGCAAGUACUUACUAGCUGGUAACAACUAUGGAACAAUUGCUGUCUUCAGUAUGCGUAAUGCACUGGCUUCAGAUGCAAAUGAGAACAGCAGAAAACCCAUCUUCACAUUCAAAGCCUUUGAUGGUGCUAUUUUUGCUCUGUUGUCAACAGAAAACUUUUUGAUUUGUGGUGGAAGUGGAGAUAUCAAAGCUUGGAAGUGGAAGGACAUUCAACAGAAGGCACCUAGGGUAGCCUGGUCACUGUCUGUGCCCCACUCUGCUAACUUUGGAGCGGUGGAAACAAACGGCCUUGCUUACAGCCGUCAGGACAACACUCUAUACUCAGGUGGAGGUGACAGUGAAUUACAUGUGUGGGACUUAGAGUCCGGUACAUGUAAGCAUUCUUAUACAGACCACACUGACUACAUCCAUGCUGUAGCAUUGUUCAAUACAUCAGCACAGGUCGCAUCAGGUUCAGAAGAUGGAACAGUCAGGAUAUGGGAUACAAGAACGUCAGGAGAACCUGUAGCCAUACUGGAACCAAGCAAACAUGAGGAAUGCAUCAAUAAUCCAAGAGAUAAAUGGAUAAGCUGUGUAGCAGUGGAUCCCGCAGAUGAUUGGCUGAUUUGUGGUGGUGGACCAUCAUUGAGUCUGUGGCAUCUGAGAUCUCUUUCUCCUACCACUGUCUUUGAGGCACCUAAAUGUCAGCCACACGUUGUUCUCUACCAUGAUGAUGCUGUAAUCUCUGCAGGGACGUCUCCAAACAUCUAUCAUUGGCAUGUGAACGGUGAUUCUAAACUAACCACACCAUGUACAGCUAUGGAUGUCUACAGUGUAGUCAUCAAUACAGAGUCAGAGGCUAACAAGGUUCUGUGUUCAUCAGGGGCGAGUUCUAAGAUUGAUGUCUACACAAACUUUGGUUACAAGGCUUUCUCUUUAGAUUUCUGCUGAUAAUGACCAUUCCUAACCUCUACCAAAACCAUCAGUUCUCCUCAUUUACAUACUAGUACAUUGAAAUUCCACUGGCUGACAUCAAGGAUAAUAAUCUUGCAGCUUCUAAUCACCGGUUGGCUAUAUCUAUGUAGUAACUGUAAAAUACAAUAAGCCAUUUUUAGAGAUAGCACUUGUACAAGUGACCCUCAAAUACCCACAGAUCUUUUACACAUGGAGACUUCCCACUUUGUGCAUUUUAGAAUAAUAACUGUCAAAGUGAUGGAGGUGCUUCAUGAAUACCUUUUGUUUUCCCUCCUUGAAAGAAGAGUUCCACCAGUGUAUCAUAGAAUGUACCACCGGUGCAUAAAUGAAUAAUGAUUACAUAAGUUCAUCCAACAUUUGUCUUGAUGGGUUUUACAGUUUUGUACAAACAACCCUUAUCUUCCCAUGUUUAGAUAGUAUCUCAGAAGUGGCUUUUUCUUCACAUUAUUUUUUAUUGUGAUUAAUGAUUCCAACCAAAAACAAACCAAAAACACUUUAUCGUUGACAAGUUCUUUGUAGAAAAGUGUAAAAUAAUGUAACAACAGAAGAUGGUGCUGAAUACUGUGUCUGUGGUGUAACCAAUGAUUUUGUUUUUCUUGUAUGAUCUUUUGUACAGUACUCCAGUACCUACCAUCAACCAGAAUGGCUAUGCAUUGUCAUCUUGAUCGUACAGAACAUACAUUUUUUGUUGUUGCCCAAUCAGAUUUGUUCUGAAUUCAAUUAUGGUUACAAAACCCCAUUUCCAUUUUCACCUAUCUACUGAGCAGAGCAAGACAUUGCAGAUGUCACAUCUGUAAUUCCAGACUGUAUCCUUUUCCUUAAGGAAAGUUUGAAAGGACUUGCCAAAGGUAUUCCUUAUGUACAUAGACCCAAGUUUGUGAGGGGGUGAAACGUUGCAUUUUGUAAUAAAGUUAAAAUAGAAACAAGAAA